AGUAACUGUUCCGAUUAUAAUACAACCAUUAAAGCGGUAGCUGCACUUGAAACAUUGAUGUCUUAUUUUGAUUACCUGUAGUGUUGAAGUUUGUUAUCGCUUGUUUGUUGGUAAAUAAGCAUCAUAUCGCAGAUCGUGUCGCAGAAACGACAAUUUGAUGGAUCGAAAAUUUUGAUUUUGUAACCUGAGACGAUUUAGUUCAAACUCCAAGGAGAAAUUCAUAUCACCCUUGCUGCCACAUAUGAUGAAAUCGAUUCAUCUAUCUUAUCCACUGUGAUGUAACACUGGAACGAUCAUAAGGCUCAUUACUGUACAUAGAGAUCGAAGCCAGCUAUGGACCGCCAUAAGGAUGACCGAGCCAACUACACAGCCCUGGCCGGAGGUCUGACCGGUGUUAUCACGCGUUUCAUCUGUCAGCCUUUGGAUGUACUGAAGAUUCGUCUCCAGCUGCAAGUGGAACCGAUCAGCACUCGAUCGGAAACCUCCAAGUAUCGAUCGGUGGCCCAAUCGAUCAGCUGCAUUUACCGUGAGGAAGGUCUGUUCGCUUUCUGGAAGGGACAUAACCCGGCUCAGGUGCUCUCGCUGGUUUACGGAGUUGCACAGUUUUCGUUCUACGAACGAUUCAAUCUAGUACUGCGUGAUCUCGAAUUGCUCAAAGGACACGAUCGAGCGAGGAAUUUCUUAUGUGGUGCUUGCAGUGGAUCGUUUGCUGCGCUGACCAUCAUGCCUCUGGAUGUCAUCAGGACUCGGGUCAUAUCGCAGGAUCCUGGAAAGGGAUACAAGAAUGGAUUCCAGGCAAUCAGCACCAUCUAUCGGGUGGAAGGAAUACGGGGAUUGUAUAGAGGGUUAGGACCAGCUUUGUUGCAGAUCGCACCUUUAACCGGAGGUCAAUUUAUGUUCUACAAUAUGUUCGGCACCAUUGUGAAGCAGAUAGAGCAGCUUCCACCGAAUGCAAAUCUACCGCCAACAGAGCUAUUCGUUUGCGGGGGAAUGGCUGGCCUCUGCACCAAAUUGAUAGUCUACCCACUAGACCUAGCCAAGAAGCGACUACAGAUACAAGGAUUUUCUCAGAGUCGUCAAACGUUUGGCAAACAUUUCGUGGCCAACCAUUUGCUACAGUGCCUCUACCAGGUGUGCCGUGACGAAGGUCUCCGUGGAUUGUACAAGGGGCUAAAUCCAUCGCUGCUGAAAGCUGCCCUGACGACUGCAUUUUACUUUGCCAUUUACGAUCGACUGCUGCUGAUGUUCAACAGUGGCUUCCGGAGGUCCGGUUAAUAUAAUUGAUGAUAUUAGUAUACGUCGUUGAUAUUACCGAAACAAGCACACUGCUGUCAAGUACGCUUCCUCGCGAAUGCCAUUGAUUUUAUAUUUGAUACUGUUCCUAGGCUUAAGAUUCACUUACUCAGGGUAUUUUAAUAAUGCACAAAAGAAUAUAUAUGAGAUACCUGAA